UGCCCUCCUCUGCCCCACACACUACUCCGACAUCCUCUCUCAGACACACACUGCUCUAAAGACACUGACUACUCUUCAGAGACAUGUCUUUCCUCUCAGGCAUUUUGGGCGACUCGGCUGACAAAUAUGUGGACCAGGCAGUGGAUACGGCAGCUAAAGUUGCCAAAGAGAAGGUGAAGGGCAUGCUUGGAGGGGAUGAUUCAAAGAAGGAGGAGUCCAGCGGGGGCAACAGUGGGGGUAUUGGAGGAUUAUUUGGAGGAUCAAAGGAUGACGACAAGGGCAAAGACAAAGAGGGAGGCGGCUUCGGAAGUCUCUUCUCUGGCAAGGAUGAGAAAGAAGAGUCAAGUAGAGGAGCAGGUGGGGCCGGAGGAGGUGACAGAGACCUGACAGACACACUGGGAGACAUUGCAGGAGAGAUGUCUGGCGAGCGUGAUGGCAAAUCUAAGGACAACAGCGCCGCAGACCAAGUGCUGUCAUUUGGGAAAAGUCUCUUCAGCUGAGUCAGACUUUGAAGCGGGUUCACUUCCUCUCAUUGUCAGUCUGACAGACCUCUGGUUAUAGCCUAUGAAUAAUAUGAUUUUACCGUCAUAACCUAUUACUGCAACUACAGUACAUUGUGUAAUGUUAAUGUUAUGUAUUAUUAUAUUUGAAAAGUAAAUAAAAUGUUUAUUCCAAAAGUC